GGCGUCGCUCGGCGCAUGCGCGUGGGCGGAGCUUCGGCGGCCGCGCAGGCGCAGUCCGAGGAAGCGCCGGCCCGAGGCGAGGCGAGGCGAAGCCGGGGGGGGCAGGUGGGGGGGGGUACCGCCAUGUACCGGCACGGCCGGGCCGCCGCCGCCGCCGUCUCCCGACUCCGUCCCGCCACCCCGCUCUGCGCCUGGGCCCCGCACAGCGCCCAUGGAGCCGCGCCCGACCCGCCGCGCCGCCGCUACCGAGCGCGGCCGCAGCCCCUGCCCCCCUGCCCCCCGGCUAUGGGGCAGCCGCUGUGCCCCCCGGCGGGGCUGGAGGUGACGAUGGUGGACGGAGAGCGUGAGGACGACAUCGCGGUGCGGGACCCCCCGGGACCCCCUGUGCUGCUGCUGCGCCCCACGGCGGCGCCCCACGGCGAAGCCCCCGCGCCCCACACGCCGCCCCCCAGCAUGGACGAGCACCUGGCCCUCAUGCACCAGAAACUGCAGCACGAGCUCCCCAAUUUCCUGCUGAAGGUUCCCGACUAUUCCCUCUACGCCCCCGACGUGGAGUUCAUCCACCGCCCCCUGCGGCUGCGCACACGGGGCCGCGCGCUGUACGCGGUGGCGCUGGCGCUGUGCCGGGCGCUGCUCUGGGGGUACUUUGCCGGAGUGCGUUUGGAGGUUCUGGCGCUGACGCGACACCGCGAGGACGGCUCCGUGCGCGCCCGCUGGCGCCUGACGGGAGUGCCGCUGCCGCUGCUGCUGCUGCGCGGCCUGCGCCGCGACAAGAGCCACCUCCUCCGGUCCUAUGACGCCUUCUCCACCUUCUUCCUCAACUCGCAGGGGCUCAUCCGCUGCCACUACGUGGACAAGGUGAUGCCGGCGCCCACGGCGCUCCCCGAGCCCAAGAAGCUGUUGGUGGCCGCGGCGGUGACGGUGGCUUUGGCCGAGCCGGGUGUGCGCCUGGCGCUGAAACCCUCGGCCACCUCAGGGGACACCUGAGCGUCCCCACAAUGUCCCCAAAGUGUCCCCACAUCCCCCCCCCCCCCCCCCUCUUAACUUAAUGUACAGAAUAAACCCAGAGACGGAGCUGUGGCUGCGGGGA